AUGAAGUCAGAAACAAGCGUUGGUAGUCUGGAAUCUGUUUCGGUCAACGAAAAACGUCAACGUAUGUUGGCACGAUUAGACGCACGUCAUACAGGGGAUGCAACUGGAAUGAAAACAUCUUCCAGCGAAACAGAAUUUGAUAAACUGCUAGCAAAAGCUACAUGUAUAAUGAAUUCUUCAGAAUUAAACAUUGAGCCUGAAUUUUUGCAAGAGUUAGAAAUUGCACUCACAUUAAUUCCACUCGGUCGUCAGUCACGUCGUUUAAAAGAAGUUUUGAAUGUGCUACGCAGUCAAAUGCAGAAGCAAAUUGGAUUGACGCAUCAGCAGGCAGCAUUUUCCUUUAGCACUAAAAAAGAAAAUGCUACUGCAUCAGAAGUACAAAAAGCAGCAGUUGCCAAAUGUAAUCCUCUUGAUUCCACUCAGACAACAACUAAACUAUUGGUGCAAAAAGCCAUUACAAUAACUGAUGAGCAUGGGAAGGAAUUAGUAAUAAGAGGUGAUGAUGGUGAAGAUGUAACAAUCAACGAUGUCACUAAUUCUAUGGUUCGUGUUCCGUUUAAAGCAUCGGCUGUACAUAUUAAGUCGGUGAAGGAUAGCACUCUAAUUUUUGCGCCAGUUAAAACUUCUCUGUUAAUACGGAACUGUGAAAACUUAACGGUUGUGGUCGCUGCACAACAAAUAAGAACACACGAUAGCCAUCAAAUCCGGUUCUACAUUGAGGUACGCGGUGCUUUGAUAAUUGAAGACUGUGAUGGAAUAGAAGUUGCACCGUACAACGUCGUUGGCUUUCAACAAGACACGCAAAAUAACAACUGGCGUAACGUGCAGGACUUCAGCUGGCUUUCUUCGGAAGAGCAUAGUCCAAAUUGGAAAAUCAUGGAAGAAAAUUCGGCAAAAUACUUUAAUUUAUAA